UGUUCGGCUCCACGACCGACACCUCCCCCCCCACAACCAAUUCACAGACUGUCACUCAACAGACCACAGACUUCACUCCACGGCAGCAUAAAAAGAAACAGAACAUCCUUUGACAUACAUCAAGAUGGCAACAGAGACAACGACAAUACCCUGGCAGCGAUGCACCAAUAAAAGUUGGGCAGAUCGACAGCGACAGGAAGAAGCAGAGACUGAAGAAGAAGAAGAAGAACCAGAAGUAGUUUAUGGGGCGUCGGACGACUUGGGGGCGACACCACGGCAGAUAAAAGGAGCGUUUGCCGCCGGUGGGAUUGCCGGUGCCGUGGUGGGUGCCACCGGAAUUGCGGGAUGUUUUGUGGGUGCUCCCGUGGCCGCCGUGGCCAUUGGCGCAGGUGCUGCCAUUGCCGCUGCCAAAUCCGAAAAGGAAAUUGGGGAAGUGGCUCGGGGUGUGGGAGAUUUGGUGGCGGACAAGUCGGAAUUUCUGUUGGCGAAUCAAACCGUAAAUCGUACCGUGGAGGGGUAUUCUCGACGAGCCAAUAGCGUCAAUGAAAAGAUGCAGAAAUGCUCGGUCAGAGCCAGUCAAACAGCCAAUGACCUCAACAAGAGUCUCACCAAAGGAGCUAGUGGCCUUAACCAAUCUAUACACAAAACAGUCCAGCGAUGUUCUCUCAAAGCCAAUCAAAUCAAGGAACGGGCCAGUCAAGUAAAAAGUCGGGUUGCCAACACCAUUGAAACGAGACGCCGACGAAGGCGCGGAGCAGGGGAUGACGAAACUGUAUUCCAUGAUUGUCUCGACGAUGACGAUAGCUGGGAAGACUUUCCUGAGGACUUUGAGGAUGCACUGGAGGAUACUUUGGAGGAAGAAGAAGAAGAGAUAGAAACAGAAACUCAAGACAAAUAAAAACAACAACAUGCGUUUUGCAACAUUACGGAUUCAGAAGUUUUGUUUCCUCAAUGUAUCCGGAUGUAUUUUUGCACCUUGUAAACCAGUGGAACUGCUAGCACCAGGCGACAAUCAACCCAUUCUGCAACCUUUUGGUAAAUGAGAGGGUUUUCUGUGGAUGUUGCCUUUGGAAUGAAUGAUGCAUUAUGCUAGCUAUUCCAUUCCUCCCGUCCACUUUUCAAAACGCCACACAAUGGGGGGUGGUGACCAAUUUGUCUUAUUUUCGGACAACAAAACGCAUUGCUAGUUCCUACCAACCGACCAACAACUGAGCGAGUCUUUCUUCGUGCUCGUGGGCAUGUGGGCAUACCAACAAAAUAGAACUCAAAAGUCCCUAAUUAUUUGGUUCAGAAGAGCUCUUGAGGAGUCCCAGGUGUUUUCCACAGCCAAGUCUGCAAUCCGACCACACUGGCUUCCCGAGACGGUGUGACGGCAUGUACCUACAUGUAUCUAAGGGGUUGUUCACUGAGGUCAUACCCCAGAUCCCCUUGUACGCUGACAAAGCCCCUCAAAGCGAUGAAAACAGAUUUUCGCUUUUCGAGCACCAGAACGGUAUCCAAACAUUCCUUUGGCCUCGCAACCUGAAUCCAUCCAGAGAUUCCGGUGACUGCAGUAUAACCAACUACUAGGGUACCGUACAGAUUAGAUGUGUAAAUACAAGACAAUGCACCUUGG